CUACUGACACUGCCGUGGACCAACACUUUCCCUCCCCAAGCAUCUACUGUAUGUGCGAGCUUCGAGAGCAUCAAUCCAUGGCGGACUGAUGCCGUCGAUCUCGCUGUGUAAUUCCGGAGAUUCAGCGAACCCCCCCAACGCAGUCGUCGUCGUGACCGCUUACACCUGUAAGCCACUACUCAGCCUUCAACAUUCAUUCAAAGGCAACUUUCCCCGAUCACUGAAACGCGGCAGCAAUCUCGUUCCGAGCGCGGCCUCCUGUGUCUCUCGCCUUUCUAUCCUCUGCUCUCGCCCACGCGCGCGUCUCCCAAUCAUCGCUCUCGGUUCUCGCUCUUCGGGCCGAGGCUCCUGCGCCAAGCCGAGCAUCGUUCAUCGACAAGUUGAGGAAACCGCCGCCGCAGCCGCAGAAGCGAGAUUGCUGGGAGUCGUAGUCGUUGAUCCUCGGCGGGGGUGGCCGCCGAGCUUCCGUGCGAUGCGGAGCUCGCCGUGACGCCUCUGCUUGCUCGGCUGUAUCUGGAGUGCUUUGACGAGGCGGCACGAGGAGACGGGAGGAGACGGGAGGAGGAGGGAGGAGAGAGGAGAUCCGGGAGUUGGAGCAAGGGUCCAGCAGAGGCAGUCGCGCGGCGGUCGCGGGUGUGCCAAGGCGAAGCAGCAUUGUUUUGUCACGCUCGAGCGGUCGGGGGUUUAGCGUGAUUCCGCCUCGUCGCCAUGGCGUGGGCGGUCGAUUCCACUGUGAAGCUCGUGCUGGGCAUUAUAGGCAAUAUAACGGCCCUCGCUCUCUUCCUCUCCCCCGUCUUCCUCUCCCCAUUGGCCCAUCUUUCAC